CGCAUAUAUUCCAGCGUGCCAUCAACGCGAUUGCAUGCCCCUUCACAUCCACCGUACACGUGGACCCCUUCUCCCUUGAUAUUUUUGACACCCUUCCUUCUUUCUCCGCGCUCAUUCUCUCUCUCUCUCUCGAACUUCGGAGUUUGAUUUGCAGGAACGAUGUCGGACGAGGAGCAUCACUUUGAAUCCAAGGCCGAUGCGGGAGCGUCGAAGACGUAUCCCCAGCAAGCCGGAACCAUCCGAAAGAAUGGCUACAUCGUCAUCAAGAACCGUCCUUGCAAGGUCGUGGAGGUCUCUACUUCCAAGACUGGCAAGCAUGGACAUGCAAAAUGCCACUUUGUUGCCAUAGAUAUUUUCAAUGGAAAAAAGCUUGAAGAUAUCGUGCCUUCAUCUCAUAACUGCGAUGUUCCCCAUGUGAACAGGACUGACUAUCAGUUGAUUGAUAUCUCUGAAGAUGGAUUUGUUAGUCUGCUGACUGAAAAUGGUAACACAAAGGAUGACCUGAGACUUCCAACUGAUGAAGCUCUGCUCAGUCAGAUCAAAGAUGGUUUUACUGAUGGAAAAGAUUUGGUGGUGACUGUGAUGUCUGCAAUGGGUGAAGAACAGAUCUGUUCCCUUAAAGAUAUCGGUCCCAAGUAGCUUUCCUGUAUCAUCGACCAGCUCUAUCUGUCAUAGCUGGUGAAUUCUUAAGUGUUAGAUUGUGUAAAACAUAAGAAGCUAUGCUCUCUGAAACAGAUAUAGAUGGCAAUCACAAGCCUUCUUUUGGGUUUGCUCUAGGCUUCAAAUCCAAUGAACCAACUGAGCUGUUGGUGGUUAAUGGCCAAUUUGUCGAUGAACACUAACGAUAAUAUGUGUUACCUUCCUCUUGCUAUUCAAUAGUACUCUGCUUGUCAAUACUUGUUUAUAUGGAAUGACCAAACUCUCUGAGGUUAUUGUCCAUUAUUA